CUCCAAGGCUGAAUUUUGGCUCCCUGCUACUGCGGGCUGUUUUGGAAUGACGUCAUUCCGCAGCGGAGCCACCGGAUUGGCUGGAUCACUGGGCGGAAGGUGCGUCUGUUGUCCCAGCUGUGUGCUGAAAACAAAACAAGACAAGCUGCGACUGCAUCAUGAUGGAUGAGCUGGUGCAGGACCUGGUUUCUGCACUGGAGCAGGCCUCGGAGCAGAGCAAGCUCGGGGAGCUGUGGGAGGAGAUGGUCAUAAGUCCGCUGCAGCAUCGCCGGCAGAUCCGCCGCAGACGGGGUCGUAAACGCCUUCACGAGUCCUCCGUGUACCCGACGGCACGUAGACGAUGCUGGAUUGAGGCCUCUGAGUCCAGCCUGGAUGAAGCUAAAGAUUACAGAGAGAACCUGUCCUCUUUAAAUGCAUCUGUGGCCAACUACAGCGACUCAGACGAUGCAACUACAACUGACCACUGGCCUUGUGUCAUUAGAAGCCCCGUCCGGUCGAGGCAUCCCUCCUGGCCUGAGUCUGAUUCCUUCACUGAGAGUAAUCCGGGGCAGCCACUCAGGAGGCGCAGGAAGGUCAAGCGUAUGACCCCAGAUGUGAGGGUGAGAUUUCAGCAGAAAUUACACGUGAGGAACAAUGGGAAGAGGAGGCAAAGGCCAACUAAGGUGCAGCGUCUGUCAGGAUCGAAGAGGAGGUCGAGUGGAUGGAUGGGAGCAGAGAAACAGACUGAAGGAGGCAGACUGAUGGGAAACGAGUGCUGGAAGAGAAAGAUGGCCAAAGAACACAGAGAUGCUGCUGACGAAAACAUGUCUGAUGGGGAAACCAGCAGCACCUGCAGCAGCGACCCCGGUCUGUUCACAAACGACGAAGGAAGACAAGGCGAUGAUGAGCAGAGCGACUGGUUCUUCGAGGGGGACUGUGGAGUCGGGAAGGCGGUGGCAGGACUCCUGCCCAACUGGGACUCGGACAGCUCACUUUCUCUAGAGAGUCGACGCACCUCCACCAACUUCCUGCAGCCUGCACGGCAAUCUGUCAGAGGGUAUCACUCACGUCUGAAUCGCCUGCCUUGCUCUGCUGCCUGCUGCUUCAGGAAGGACAGGAGACGACUUCCCAGGAAGAGCCACAACAUGCCAGCGUUUGUGGAAAGACUGAGGCACUUCUCCCAAGAUCGUUCCCAGAGAAACUUCUGGCUGCCUCCUGUUGGAAAACCUGACAGGAACCAACUGAACCCUUUGUGCCCAUUGCCAGUGUGUCCUAUUGAUGUGGCGUCAGAGAGCUCCCCUCUCAGGUGUUCGUCCUCGCUCUACAGAAACAGGCAGAGCAGUUUAAUGGCAGGAGACACAAAGAGGAGGAGAGGAACAGAGGCUGUAUCCAUCACAGCAUCAGAGCCCCAGAUUGAAGAGUCGAAAGAAGGAGCCAGUAACACAUCAUGCCUAGAAGUGGGACCGCGAGCACCCCAGUUUUCUUCUGGUGCUCAGCCUGAGAGUUCAUCUUUACUCCACGAGGACACUUGAACGGAGCUCAACAGAGAGAAACAGAAAAAGAAAACUAUUGUGCCGGGGAAUUCAAGAAAAGAAGGAACUAUUAUUGCUGCACAAACUUUACAACAAAGAAAUAAAAAUUACAAAGCACAUCAUUAGUCUUCAAAUCAGCAUGUUCCUGCUUGAUCCAGCCCUUCCAGGUAGUAUAUUAAGCAUGGCAAAUGUUAAUGCAAUCAAGCCUUGUUAAGCCCUUCGCCAUCUCCUCAAAGAAGAAGUCAGCUUCAAGUGGCUUCUUGUCUGACUCUAAGACUUUGCUUCUUCCCCCUGUUCCCACACAAAGUCUCCAGGCCACCUGCUACUGCAAAGUCCAAUUAUUAUGCCCACUCUAGUAGUGCAGCACUUGUCAGCAGGAACCUUGGAAGCAUGGUCAGUUGAGGCUCAGUGGUCCGGGCGGGGGGAGAGUCUGCUCUACUUCAGGGCGGCCAACAAUGGCUGUAAGAACAUCACAAUGUUUGGCUACCACAUGCUGUUGUGGGGUUACGAGAGGCGACCACCGGUGGCGAGCCACACAAAGUACAGACCUCCUAUUAGCAUGGAUUUGAAAAGCUACAGUUGCUACAAAGGUGCUCAUUAGCACAACACAAGGGGAGUGUAGUCACGGUCCUCGGAGGGCUGCCUCUGUUCUCAUCAGGUUACUUUCUAUAUUCGAAUUUCCCCAAACGUAUUUAAAGUUCAAGGCUAGCUGCAAGUCUGUUCGAAAAGGCUGUUUUUCUGCGAUGGAUGAGUUGCUUUUAGAGCGGUGCAGUGGACGAGUGGAAGCUAGCAGACAGAGGAGCUUUUAGGAAACAAACCCUUGGGGUAUCCAGUUCCCCAGUGCUCCCACCAUCAGAUGCAUUAAAGGAUCAAUGCAGCAUACAGUCAGAUCAAACACAGCAGUCUGAGCCAAGCUAGUAAACAAGCAGGUUUCCCAGAAAAAAAUAAUGCACCCGUUUACAGUGAUGUAAACAUGCGCGUCCUCUCGGUGAGAACAUUUGUAGCCCGUGUUGCACCUGCAAACUAAUUCUGUUGAAAACAGCCUGCAGAAAGUAUUUCUUCCUCAUAAAAUCCCCCAAAAUUUUACAUCAAAGGUAACAAAUAUGCACUUUAUUUAACAAGAGAACGCCACAUGUCUUUUCAACAUUUUAAAGCCUUUUUUAAGAGAAGAAUCUCAUUUAAUAAAAUGAGAUUUGACAAUUAAUAUGAGUUGUACGUCUGCAAUAAUCCGCGUGAGAAGGAUUUAUGUGAUCAUGUUUUAGAGGGAUGACAUUUAUAAAUGCUGUGUGUGCACACUAGUCUAAAUGGAUGCUUCGCACAAGACAUGCUGCCACAGAAAUCAGUCAAAGUGUUCAGACGGAGCGUGUCCCACCCCCCACCACCACCGAUGCGCCUCCUCCUGCAGCUUUACUCUGGUCUCUCCACAUCAGGAGAAGAAACCUGAUUAAUAGGAGUUGCACAGUUUGGAGAUCAUUAUUUAGCAAAAGCAAAAAAAUAAAUAAAAGCCUUAUCUGACAUCAAGUGUUUUGGUGCUAAUGAAUUGAAGGAAGAUGCAUCAACUCACACAUGCAGGAAGAUAGAAAAAUAAUACCCCACUUGUCAUUUUGUAAUUAGCAGUCAUCAUAAUGACACCUCAGCCAGACCUUAACGCCCCAAAAUGAAUUUACAUCGGCUCGAAAAUAUGGGAAUAACAUCUGUGGAGCUAGUCAAUUGUCUUGUUACAGUUAAGGAAUCCGGCUGGCUGGUUCCACUCAUAAUUCAUCCCAGGUAAAGAUUACCUGUCAGGCCCAUGGGAGAUGUAUUGAUCUGUUUUCCUUUUUCCACCUGCAAUCACCUGACAAAGGCACCUAGGAGGCGAGUGAAUGAGUGAUGCCUGGUGUGUCUAGUCAAGCCCGGUGGUUUCUAGUGUCCAGUGAUGGGUGGAGAGAGGAUGAGGAAGAGUCGGUGAUCAUGCAGUCAUAAACUCCCUUUGAACCUCGUCUGUAUGCAUGCAGAGCAGUUCUCCCCGAGCCCCGGGUCACAGGUCAGCAGGGAAUUUGCUUUUUUGGCUCCUUUUCUUGUCACUGGCAUUUGUUCAUGCUGUGCAACUUGUUCCAAAGGGUAGAAAUGCAUGCAUGGGGGGUGCGUGAACUCUGGUUCACGCUGACAACUGCAUGUUGUAAGUCAGAGUCGUUCAGCUCACUUUGGAUUUCAACAGGAAAUCCAAAUGAUUUUGAUGCCCUUCUAACAAGAACGUAGUUCUGCCUUUUUGAAAAUAAUGUUUAUCGUGGCAGCUAAAGUUAUUUAUGCAUUUUCUUAUUCAGAUUUAUUAGAGUGCCAAUACACACACACACACACACACACACACACACACACACACACACACACACACACACACACACACACACACACAUAUAUCUUGAUGGUAAUGUGUAAACUGUGUUGUAUUUAUGACGUGAUGCUUUAAAAUCAAAUAAUUACAGAUUUAAAUCUGGGCAUUUAAUUUUUGAAUGUAAUUACAUGUUAGAUGGUGCAGAAGAUAUGUCCAUAGUUUUUUUUAUUACCAUAUUUUCUAAUUUCAUUUACAAGGAUUUAAAUAAAUCUUGGCGAUAUCAGGGCUUCGAGGCAGCUAUCCACAUUUGAAGCCUUGUACAAAUAGCAUCUUAUCUCUUAAGGCUGUUAUCGUUUUGCCUAAUAGCAGCAGAGGCACGCCUAAUUGCUUUGCAAAUGAUCUGAAGGGGAUUACUAAUCCCUUAGAAAGCCUGCACCAUGUCACCAGAUGUUACAAUAGUAAAAUUCAAUCAAAUUGUAAUGUUUAUCCACUAGAUGUCUUUUAUGGAAUCAUCAUUGAGUGUUGAAACAAAACUGAAUUUAAGAUAUUGGUUGAAAAUGUUCAAGUGAAUUUUGUAUGGCCAGUCACGUUUUUUUGUGCAUUUUAAGGAUGAAAGAUGGAUGUUUAUAAGAGGUUUAGUCUUUUAAGUCAUAAGUUAAUAUUUUUAUGACUUAAUCAUUCAUUUGUAAAAUAAAACUGCAUCGUCCAAACCAAGUUAACUCUUUAUGUCAAGAACUAAAAUCAAGCACUUGCAAUAAAUGGUAAUGUGUGACUAUCUA